AUGUGGGAGAUCUUCGCGAAUGAACUGUCCUUGUCGCUCGAAGGCGUAAGCCUUUCGCGGGACUGUGUGAUUCGCACAGACGACGGUGGCGAGUUCAGGGCCCACCGCGGUUUUCUGUGCUCCUCGAGUCCCGUCUUUCAGGCCCUCUUCUCCGUGAACAAUGGCGGCCGUCGCGACAUUCGCUUGCACGACGUCUCUUCGCCAACGAUGGCUGCGUUGCUGGCUUACUGCUAUUCGAGCAAGGCCCUCUUCUCCGUGAACAAUGGCGGCCGUCGCGACAUUCGCUUGCAGGGCGUGUCUUCGCCCACGAUGGCUGCGUUGCUGGCUUACUGCUAUUCGAGCAAGCUCAGUCUCAGUGCAGACAACGUGACUGAUGUCCUUGCCGCUGCGGACAUGCUGCUCAUGGACGAGGCGCGCAACCAGUGCCUGCACUACUUGCUGCGCCACAUGACCAUCGAGAACUGCCUGGGCAUGGCCACUUUGGCACAAUGGUACCACUGCCCAGACUUCGCUCGAGCGGUGUUCAACUACGUGCGCGAGCACUUUGACCAGGUGUGGCGCACGAGUGACGAGUUCCCGGACGUCCCAGAGGAGCUGCUCGUCGAGCUGCUUACCUCGAACGAGCUGAACGUUCGGGACGAGACAGACCUGCUACAUGCUAUCGCACGUUGGUCCUCGGCUAGAAACGACACUGCCGAUGAGGCAUGUGCUGAUCUGUCGAGGCUUCUGCAGUCCGUCCGGGUCGGUCUCUGCAGUGCAGCGGCCCUGGAAGACUUCGGCCGCUCGCAUCCAACGCUGGCGUGCAGCCGCGCGUACAAAGAGGCUGUGUUAAAAGCACAGCAGCGGGGCCCCUGCCUGUGCGCGCCCAAUCCACGGCUGCUGGUGCAGUUAGCUACUCGCCGUUCGUCGCACGCGCAAGCGACGGCCCCUUCUGUCGAAGGCCACGGUGACGGCAACAACGUCGCGGCCACCGCUGCUCCACGAAGACCGGCAUCGCUCCCGCAGCGCCAGUGCGAGAGCUGCGGCGCGGCGCGGAACCCCGAGCGUUGGCUGCCGCGCAUGCCGUAUCAGAUGCUCUUCGUGAUGGGCGGCUGGAGCGAAGGCCAGGAGCGUGACACUAUUGAGACGUACGACCCCAGGGCCGGACGCUGGCUUAUGAAUCAGAUGCAGGGAUUCAAGCCCAGGGCGUACCACGGCGUGGCAUUGCUGCGCAAUCGGCUGUACGUGGUGGGUGGCAUGCGGGGGGCCUCGUACUUGCGCUUUUGCGACUGUUUCGACAUCGAGAGCUGCACGUGGCAGAGUUGCUCGAGCAUGAACAUCGCGAGAGGCUACGUCUCCACCGUGGCCAUGGAAGACCUACGUGUACGCCGUCGGAGGCCGCAACGCGAGCGUACCGCUUCCGUUGAGCGUUACAGCCCGCGCUUCAACCAGUGGACCCUGGUGUGCGCCAUGAGGAAAAGGCGAAGCGAUGGAGCCGCUUGCGCCUUUAAAGGCCGAAUAUACGUGACUGGCGGCUUCAAUGGUCAGAAGGUGUUGACCAGUGUAGAAGUGUACACGCCCAGCCACGACACGUGGUGCCUGGUGAAGCAGCUGCCAAAUCCACGCUGCAGCCACCAGAUGGCGGUGCUCGGCGGGCGCAUCUACGUCUUCGGUGGAUACGACGGACGCCGACGGCUAAGCUCAGUUGUGUGCAGUGGAGACGAGGAGGAGCCACUUGUGUGGCGUCAUGUGUCCCCCAUGAGGGUCGCCCGGAGCACCUUCGCCGCAGCGCUGUUUGACGGCGAGCUGUACGUUAUCGGUGGCUUCGAUGGCAUGGGCAUCACAGCUGAGGUCGAGUGCUACAACCCAUCAUCUGACAGCUGGCGUCCCAUGGUGCCGCUUAAUGAAGCAGUCUCUGCAAUGGCCGCCUGCACAGUGAGGGGCCUGAACGUCUGCAGGCGCUUCUCCGCCAGUGCCGAGCGCUAG